UGGUGGUGGCUGCUGUGAUAAUUCGCAAAGUGAUAAUCAUCGCUUGGUGAUGCACUAGAGAUCUUUCUGUUUCUCGCCCGAAUUGUGACAUUACCAAAAAAAGCAAUUGGCAAAAGGUCCCUGUCCCAGACUUUGUGGACGGCAAAUUCACUAUCAGUGGUUGGUGUCAGCCUGACGCGGUUCUUCCCCCCCAAAUCGUGAGCCGCGCUCCGUGCCUCGCUUUCUGAGAGUUGGUAGUGGAAUCCGAACAUCAGCAGCUGGUCUGGGCGGUCGGCAAAGUCCAACCCAACACAGCACGUCACACCAAACUUCGAUCCAUCAUCCACACUUUCUUCCAAUCACUCGAUCCGCGCCCCAAUUUCCUUCCAACACCAACCUCAUUUAUCCCUUAAUUCGAAGAUCACCUCCCAGCUCCAUAAUCGCGAGAUUCACGCCUUUUUCCGCAUUCGUGUGACGAGCUAGUCCACUGUGGACCAAUGAUCGCAAACUAUCCGAAUCUGCUCUGAAUCAUUGACGCCUGCCAAUUGACCAACAUCACGCCAUCCUGCAAUGUCGCCGGAUUCUCCCAGUUCCCCUGCGGGCAACGCCGUGUCGGACGCGGAGGCGCCUACUUCCCCAGUGCGCGGUGACGAGGGCAAAUCCUUCCUCUCCCAAGCCAUGACCGAAGACGACGAUACACGGAUGAUGGAUGGCACGCCCGAGCCAACCGAGAAGACAUCGGGUCGCGGGAAGGGGAAGAAUGCGGCAAAGGAGUCGUCCAGUAACAUCACCGGCAAGAUUCGGCAUCUGAAGAAGGAAGAUGGCGAGCCACUCUGGCGCAAGGACAUCCAAUACGACUUCCUCAAGGCUAUCUUCGAUGACGAAACAGCCGUCUUCACGAACUCUUACGAACCCGAGAGACCCCGCCAGAACUUUGCCGAUCUCUACAUUGACACCAUGUCGCGAAGCAGCAAGACGAGCAAGGUCCUUCGCGACAAGUUGCUAAGCGAUCGCAGUGCAGCAAAGGGCAUGGCCAUGGUCUGCCUGCUCGUCAACAUUGGCAGAAUGAAUACAACGCUCAACUUCUUCCCCGAGAUGCGAGCCCAAUUGCGAACAUACCACGCCAUCCCCUCCCUACAGGCACACCAAGAUGCGCAUGCCUACAAACAGCUCCAGGACGCUCCAAGAUUAAAAUCUAUCCUCAAGGGUGGUGCUGAAGACCGCGAAGAGCCUGGCAGCCUGAACAAAAUCAAAGCCCGCGAUGUCCCCCGAACGAACCCCGUCAACCUGCUCUUCGUCAUCUGCCAAUCAGCCGCUAAGAUCGCUGAGUUGCACUUUCCUCCGGGACGAGAGUUCCACGACUUGGUCAUGAAGACCAACUACACCAGCAUAUCCCGCGCUAAGGCGUUCCUUUGGAUCAUGUGGUUCUAUCUCGAAUCCGACUUCACGGAAGAGGGCUGCGACGAAAACCCAUUUGGACCCGGCGUCGACUACGGUGUCGAUGUUGCUAACCAAGGCGUUCCCGAACUCAUAGAGAUGACAACAGAGGACGAGGCGGCAGAAAAUGUCGAUACGGAGGUGGAGAUCAAAUUCGGCGAAGAGAAGCAGAAGAUGCGCGCCAAGAUUCUAGAGGCAGACCAGGCGUACCUUGCCGACAACCAAACAAAACGAGGCUCGAGAACAUCGCGUGUGAUGGCUGAGGAUGGGCCGGCCAUCCUACCUCGCAUUCGCCCUUCGAAGCACGAGUCUGAUAUGGAUAGUGUCCGGUCGACACCGCCACCCAAGGCAUUGGCACGAGGCCUUGGGGGCUCGGUUCGACGUGGCGGGGCACCGCUCAAGUAUCAGAUUUUCGAGGCAUCUUCCCCAGCAGGCCCUGCUCAUGGCUCCGCGGAGGGCAUCGUUGCUCGAAAACCUCGCCCCCCCACGGCACACCAAAUCGCGGUGGAGAGGAACAGAAACCAACGGGUCGAAUACAUUCUGGAUCGUGGUUACCGGAAGGAGCUUCACAAGGCGAAGAAAAAGCGGCAGCAAGGAAGCACUCUCUAUCGGGCAUUCAUGCGUAUUAAGCAAAUUGAUAAUCCGUUCGAGGACAGCGACCCAGAGGAUGACCCCCGUCAGCAUCUGUCGAACAACGACGGGAACUCUGGACCCUUCCGACAGAAAGGUCUCGGGGGUAUCGCGCCCCUGGCCUCGGAGAACGACGAUUUCGGUGAAGAGGCGAACGCCUACACCGCAGCUUUGAGACGCACAUCACGACGGCUAAAAAGAUGGGGGGCUCAUGAAGGCCCUCCUCUUGGAGUCAUUCCUCCCAGGAAGAGAAAGAAGGCUAACGGCGAGACGAACGGCAACGACGAAGCGGGCGACAUGACAAUGGACCUUGACACCCUGAGAGCCUCGGAGGCGAGGGAUGGAUCACAGGCUCGGGCGAACGGCGAUGUCAACGGUGACGAGACCCUAGGCGACAUCACGAUGGGAGAUAUCACCAUGGACGACGGCGACGAUGCUGACAAGACAGCUGCCGCCGACGAUGACGAAGAGUUGGACGAGAUGGAUAGGUCUCUGUUGGGCCUUGCCGCCGAGGACUCUGCCUCUGAGGACGAGUGAAAGUUAUUUGACGCUUCUCCUCGUCUUUUCCGUUUCCUUCUAAACGAUUUGACUGAAUCUCCCCGACGGAAAUGCUCAUGCCGGGAACACGCUCACCGUCUUUCUCAUGGCGAUGUCUGCAUUAUGCAUUGUUGAUGGAUGGCAUGCGAAGCCAUUCCUCGUCCAAUUUUUCUUUCCUUGAGUCUUUCUUAUUCUUGUCCUUUUCUUUUCCUAGAAUUGUGGGCGUCCGGGUUGUAUACUAGCAGCACGAACAAAACUACACCAGAAUUUGGCGCGAAGGUUUCAUAAAUGGGAAGGAGGACGGUGCAGACAUCCAAGACGCUUAGGAGAGGAAAAGGUUUCAUAGGGAGAAGCGUAUUGAGGGUUUUGCCGUUUUUGUAGGAACUUUUUUUCUUCUUCUCCUUUUCUCUGCUAGUGAUUCUCAGCCCAUCGUGGUGUUAUCUUUCAUGUGACGAGAACUCCAUCAGCAUUCGUAUACUUCGUGCUGUUGCUUUGGUUCGUGUGCCUUUGUCGAGGAGAGGGGGUGAUGAUGUCCUGCCCCAGCGAGCCGUGGUUCGCUUGGCGCGCUAAAAUUCCGGGAGAAGGAACGCGAAGCCGGUCCCGGGACUGAUCGGUAAGUUUGGUACAUGAGUAGUUUCCGGUCGUCUUCCGGCAUGCGUACCGGAGAAACUAGCCGGAGAGUAUGUGAUGUCGGUGGCUACAAAUAAGCAUGAGAGAUGCCCUAGCAUCGGGACAACACUCAACCGUCCGCCUGAGGGGUCAUGGGUUCGUAUGGUG